AUGUCCGAAAAAAAUAAACACGAAAUAAAAAGCAUGUUGAGAAUAAAAUCAUCGGAAAACGUUUUGUUAAACGAUGAUGAAAAUAUAAAUGAUAUUUACGUUAAAAAUGAACCGAAGCAAAAUAUUCAUUUAAAAUCCGACAUGAUUAUCGUAAAUAAAGUAAAUAAAAAUAAAAAAUUGCAUAAAAGAAAAAUGUUUUUAAAAAAAAAUUCAUCAGUUAUGUCAUCAUCAUUUGAUAAAAUACAUAGGAAAAUAAGGCGUAAAAAAAAUUGUAAAAGGAAAAGUUAUACGGUUAACGAAAAGAAACCUUUGAAUUAUAGCAAAAAAUUUCAAUUCAAAACAAAUUUCAGUUUAGAAAAAGUCGUUGAAGUACCAGAAAAGGGAAAAAGAGGACGUUUAGGUGGUAAAGCAAUGGAAAAACCACCACACGAGACAAAGAUGGAGAAUUUUGAAAGCGAUGAUGAAAGUGAUAAUGAAUACUAUUCGAGAAUAUCGUUGGGACAUUUUCAACAUUUGGGUAAUUACGACAAUGAAGCUUCAACUUCUAAUCAGAGUAAUCAAAAUUAUGUUACUAGUAUGUCAUUAGCAACGCUUGAAGAUCAUUCAAAUGAUAAUUCUGAAGAAAAAGAAUUGAAAGAGCUUCAAGAAUGGGGAAGAUCAUCAUCUUUGGUUUACUCUGUGGAAAUCAAUAAACAAUCAACCGAAAAAAAUUUUUAA